AUGUCGGAGACUCCCACAAAGAAGCAAAAACGACGAGCGACGAUUUUUGUGACGGGUCCGCAGAGUAAAAAGACGAUUUACGAAGAAGAUAGCGUCCAGGAAGAAAAAAAUCAGUUAACUUUGCAAGAUCUUACAUUGGCCCGACAACGUCUUCACAAUGAGCUUGCUGCAGUUAACACCGCUUCCGGAAUCGAAAUUCUUGUACAAAUUUUUAUGGAUGAAAUGGAAAUUCUGCGUCAUCGAAUUCGCGAGAGUGGUCAACGAAUGCGUAACUUCUUCUAUGACGGUAGUCAUCAAAUUCGUGCAAUUCUUCUCCGGAUUUUCUCAAAAUCGAUAAGCUCAAGAAAUAUGAUUGAGUACAAAAACGAGGCGAGAGUGAUUAUGAAUGAAAUGCGUGAUCAGACGAAUACAUACAAAAUGCCGAGAUAUACGAUGAAUGAUAUUGAAGAAGUAUUGCUUUCUGAUGAUUUAGAAGAUGGAAUUAUUCAAAGACGUUCUGAGAAAUGGUCUUAUCUUCCGGAGCGACAGAAACCUUUGUAUGAAGAUGAUGAAGACGCCUUCUCUGAAUUCAGAAAAUUGAAUGUACCAAUGUCGAUGACAUAUGACGAAGAUGAAGAGGACAGAUUGAGUAUGCCGAGUACACGGACUGGAGUGACUACGUUCACAACUGAAGAUCAAAUGGCAGCAAUCCAAAAUCAGUUGGCUAUGCUCUCGAAGCAGCUAAUGAGUCUUCAGAAGGGAGGAGGUGUUGAAGUGAAGCGAGGAUCGUCAAGAGCCAGCUCAAGGCGUGGUGUGAAAACGAUGACCAAGAAGGCCUCUGUCGAAAUUUCAUCAAAUUCCUCCUCGUCAUCAGAUGUUUCCGAAGAUGAAGGAAAGGGUCCAUCCGUCUGCUCCCCAUCACUUUCCUCUAAUCGAAAAACAUCAGAAUCCUCAAGUUCCAAACAAUUAUCGUCCGUGUCCAUACAAAUAGCUCCGUUAUCAAUGGCUCCGCCUCCACCUCCCCCACUCCCAAAAAUGGCUCCAAAAGCGCCACUUUCCGAAAUUAAAUCAGAUAAUGUAAGAACUCCAUCAAAGCCCGCUGAGAAGAGAACGACGCCCAACUCGUUGCCUCCAGCUGAAACUAUUUUGUCUAGUCGACCGUAUUUGACAGAUAUUGCUCAAGGAAGAAACUUAUUAAAGAAGACUGUCAGAUCACCAGGUGGCUCACCAGCAUGCCAAGACCGUCAUCAGAAACGCGCAGUUUCUUCAUUUGAAGCUGCUCUUCGUGAUCGAUUCCGUGGAUUCCAUGGUGAUAAUUCAUAUUCGGAGCAAGAGGAGAAUGGAGAUGAUGACGAUGUGAAUGCCACGUGGGAUGAAUGA